AUGAACGGUGACACGCGGGCUGCGGUGGUGACCUCGCCACCCCCGACCACAGCGCCUCACAAGGAGAGGUACUUCGACAGGGUGGAUGAGAACAACCCGGAGUACUUGCGAGAGAGGAACAUGGCACCGGACCUUCGGCAGGACUUCAAUAUGAUGGAGCAGAAAAAGAGGGUGUCUAUGAUCCUGCAGAGUCCCGCUUUCUGCGAAGAGUUGGAAUCAAUGAUACAGGAACAAUUUAAGAAGGGGAAGAAUCCCACAGGCCUGUUGGCAUUACAGCAGAUUGCAGAUUUUAUGACCACGAACGUACCGAAUGUCUACCCUGCAGCUCCGCAAGGAGGGAUGGCUGCCUUAAACAUGAGUCUUGGUAUGGUGACUCCUGUGAAUGAUCUGAGAGGGUCUGAUUCAAUCGCCUAUGACAAAGGGGAGAAAUUAUUGCGGUGUAAGUUGGCAGCAUUUUACCGACUGGCAGAUCUGUUUGGAUGGUCUCAGCUUAUCUACAAUCACAUCACAACCAGAGUGAGCUCUGAGCAGGAACAUUUCCUCAUCGUUCCCUUUGGACUUCUCUACAGUGAAGUGACCGCGUCCAGUUUGGUUAAAAUCAAUUUUCAAGGAGAUGUGGUAGAUCGCGGGAGCACUAAUCUGGGAGUAAAUCAGGCCGGCUUUACAUUACAUUCUGCAAUUUAUGCUGCAAGGCCGGAUGUGAAGUGUGUGGUCCAUAUUCACACGCCAGCAGGGGCCGCGGUCUCUGCGAUGAAAUGUGGCCUCUUGCCGAUCUCCCCGGAGGCACUUUCCCUUGGAGAAGUAGCUUAUCAUGAUUAUCAUGGGAUUCUGGUUGAUGAGGAGGAAAAAGUAUUAAUUCAGAAAAAUCUGGGGCCUAAAAGCAAGGUUCUUAUUCUGCGGAACCACGGGCUCGUAUCCGUCGGAGAGAGCGUUGAGGAGGCUUUCUACUACAUCCACAACCUUGUGGUCGCGUGUGAGAUCCAGGUUCGGACUCUGGCCAGUGCAGGAGGGCCAGACAACUUAGUCCUCCUGGAUCCUGGCAAGUACAAAGCCAAGCCCCGUUCCCCAGGGUCCCCGGCAGGGGAGGGUACCAGCUCACCUCCCAAGUGGCAGAUUGGUGAGCAGGAGUUCGAAGCUCUGAUGCGGAUGCUCGAUAAUCUGGGUUACAGAACUGGCUACCCUUACCGAUACCCUGCUCUGAGAGAGAAAUCUAAAAAGUACAGCGAUGUGGAGGUUCCUGCGAGUGUCACAGGGUACUCCUUUGCUAGUGACGGGGAUCCGGGCACUGGCUCCCCUCUCAGACACAGUUUUCAGAAGCAGCAGCGAGAGAAGACAAGAUGGCUGAACUCUGGCCGGGGUGACGAUGCUUCUGAGGAAGGGCAGAACGGAAGCAGUCCCAAGUCGAAGACUAAGGUGUGGACGAACAUUACACACGAUCACGUGAAACCCUUGCUGCAGUCUCUCUCGUCCGGUGUCUGCGUGCCAAGCUGUAUUACCAACUGCUUGUGGACUAAAGAGGAUGGACACAGAACCUCCACCUCCGCUGUCCCUAACUUGUUUGUUCCAUUGAACACUAACCCCAAAGAGGUCCAGGAGAUGAGGAACAAGAUCCGAGAGCAGAACUUGCAGGACAUUAAGACGGCUGGCCCCCAGUCCCAGGUUUUGUGUGGUGUAGUGAUGGACAGGAGCCUUGUCCAGGACGCACCCCUCUCUGACUGUACGGAAACAAUCGAAGGGCUCGAGCUUACAGAGCAGACCUUUAGUCCUGCUAGAUCUCUGUCUUGUAGAAAGGGGGAGCUGGUGACGGCUUCCAAGGCCAUCAUUGAGAAGGAGUACCAGCCCCACGUCAUUGUGAGCACCGCGGGCCCCAACCCCUUCAGCACGCUCACCGACCAGGAGCUGGAAGAGUACCGUAGGGAGGUGCAGCGGAAGCAGAAGGGCCCUGGAGAGAUUCUGGACGAGAGCAGAGAAGAGAAGGAGAAGAGUCCUCCAGAACACCCUGCUGCCCCCCACACCCCCCCCAGCACCCCCGUCAAGCUUGAGGAAGACCUGCCGCAGGAGCCCGCCUCCAGAGAGGACAGUGACGCUGCCACCUUCAAGCCGACUCUCCCCGACCUGUCCCCUGAUGAGCCUUCAGAAGCGCUCGGCUUCCCGACAUUGGAGGAGGAGGAGGAGGAGGAGGAAGAGGAGGAGGGGCUCUGUGAGGCCCGCGAGCCCCCCAGCCCCACCAGGUCCCCCUUGGUGGCCAGCCCCGAGCCAGCCUCCGCCCGGGCGGCUGAAGAGGCCGCCUCCCCAGCUGCCGAGGACCCUGGCAGCGACGGGUCUCCGGGCAAGUCCCCUUCCAAAAAGAAGAAGAAAUUCCGCACCCCCUCCUUUCUGAAGAAGAGCAAGAAGAGGAGUGACUCCUGAAGACCCCGUCCUGCACCAGCUGACGCCACCAGACCGUCCCCGAUCGCGUCUCGUGUCCUGUCUUCCUGUGUAGUGGAAUGCAAAAAGCCCAGCCCUCCAUGUAGCUAGAGCUCCCCUCCCGGCCUGACCAGACCCCCACGUCCACCGGUGCUCGCCUCACGUGUGUGCGCAGCGGUCCCCCCCCUCCUCCCCGGCCCGCAGCCUCAGGUUCUGGGGGAGACGAAUCCACGUCCCUCCCAUCCGUCUGCCCCUCGGUGACACCCUCUCCCCUGGCGGUGAGAAGUCCUGGUCCUGGCCAGACGGUCGGAGGCCCUGCCGGCUCUGGCCUUGACCGCUCUCUCCUGUUGUGAGGUGACCCGUGCUGUGUGCUAGGCUCCCCUUCACCCCCAGGUCUCGGGUGACUGAAUCAGACUUGUAGUUUCCUGCUGGCGUUACCUGCUGGGUGAGUGAUCUCACUCUGUGGACACAAAGCCUCAGUCCUGUAAAAACACUCACGUGCCCGCCAAUGGCCCAGGGCAUAACAACAGCCUUUGAGAGGCGAGUUUGGGCUGAGCCAGAAACCCCAACAGCAAAGGGGACCUGUGUCUGCCCGGCACAAGC